GGUUGCAGAAACAUGGACCAGUUAUCUACUCGUAUACAAUCUGUAAUACACGUGUUCUAAAGUACUCACUGGAUUAAGUUUUUAAUAAUUGUAUCCAUUACAAUAUAAGUGGUGCAAUUAUAUUUCUAGUGCGCCAUUACAAAACGUGUGUUAAGUUAUAAUUAAUUUAUUAAUCUAUACAGUUGUCGGCAAGUAUGAAGUAUAGGUAUCUACAUUCAUUAAAAUUGCAAUAACAAACUGUGACACAAAGAGUUGUUUUAUGAAACUCGAUGAAUUAUUUUGAAACUCAACGCUGCGGUCGCACAUUCCUGAAACAAUUAUUCGACGCCCAAUGGUUAAUGUGUUUUCUAUUACUUGUAUCAAUUGAGGCGAGCGCGCAUGCGAACAAAUGCAUUAUUACAAGAACUAUAUAUGAGAUCGGACAGUUUCUUUAGCGGAAACAAAGCUUGUGCUGUGAAAAAAAUAUUAUGUUCUAUGAAAACUGAAAUCGUGUAGCAAAAGUUUCAUAAAAGUUAAGAGAAUGUCGUGCCCGUCAGCAAAUACCGAUAAAAAUGUGAGAGAUUUAAAUAGUAGCAAAGUUUCGAAGUUUGAUAUUAGCUUCUCCAAAACAGAGGAGAGUCGAAGUAAUAAAUGGAAGGAUGGUAUUAAAUGGUUUGGCUCCACGUUACCUACCACGUCAGAACUAAAACAAUAUUUGGCUAUUAUUAUAUGUGGUAUAUUUCUAUGGGGUACGUCGUGGUUCCUACUCGACGACGUCGCCCUUCCCGGAGGUCUUGUGUUCAAUAUGACUCUUCUGGUACUCACAGGAUACGUAUUUGGUCACACGUUGGAAAGAUACACAACAAUAAGCCCAGUUGUCGGAAUGACUUUAAUAGGAGCUUUAUGUAGAACCCUCGUACCGGUAAACUUCCUGGAAAAUCCAACUGCAGACGCGAUAGACUUUCAUCUUAGAAGAAUAUAUCCUGUUAUAAUUUUGACAAAGGGCCCACUUGCGUGGAAUUGGGAAUACAUAAAAAGGAAUUCGGUGAAAGUUUUCUCAUUGGCGACCCUUCCCUGGAUCGUCGAGUGUUUGUCGACGGCCUCCUUCGCUCACGUGCUCCUUGGAUUCCCUUGGUACUGGGGUCUACAUCUGGGUUCCAUAUUAGCAUCAGUUUCACCUGCGAUAGUUGUACCCACAGCAAAUAGGUUCAGUGCCAGAGGACUCGGUUUAAAAAAUCAAGUCGCACUACUAGUGGCAAAUGCUGGUGGAUUAGACACAACUUUUACUGAAGGCAUGUUCGGAGUUAUCAACAGUGCAAUUUUCUACCAAUCGGCUCCCGUUUACAGGAUAGUCAAGGCCUUGCUCGCAAUUUUCGUCGGCAUCGGCUUAGGAGUGGCAUGGGGAGUGCUGGCUGAUAUAUUGCCGGACCACAAUGAUUUGUACGCUCCAACAAUACGAAGUCUCCAUAUUAUUUCCGGCGGUAUUUUCAUCAUGUAUGCUGGUGGUUACUUUGGAUGGGGUGGCGUUUCGGGUGUAGCAAUAAUGGUGUGCGCAUGCACAGCCGGGACUCGUUGGGCGCGGCGUGGUUGGCCCAUCGACAAUAACCCCGUCGCAGCGGUGUUCAAACUUCUGUGGAGGAUAUUCGAACCCAUGCUUUUUACGCUUAGUGGGUAUUUUUUGGAGGUAUCAGGAAUAACCGCGAGGGAUUUUGGGCUGAUUGUUGCUUGCAUAUUUGCUCCGCUUUUGAUCCGAAUGUUGACGGCUUUCUUGGUUGCUCUGGUCAAUGAGUUAACUGUUAAAGAGAGUAUCUUCGUUGCUAUAACAUGGACGCCUAAGGCCAUAGUCGAGGCCGUGCUUAUACGAGUAGCCACGGAUUCUUUGUGGACGGAAGGCUUUACAGCCCAGGAUGAGUGGAUAGCCAAGCAGCAUUCGAACAUCAUCGUUAUAGCUAUACUGAUGACGUCUACGUUGGGUUCAGUACUGACCACAUUAUUGGGUCCUAUCCUUCUUUCUCGUGACACAAGAAUAUCACCAGAAGAACUCAGUCAGCCACAAGCACUAUCUUCGCAACGAUCUACCGACAUCGUCAGAACCAACAAUAAUCUUGACUCUUUCCAAUACAUAGACGCGCAAUUUCAGUGGAUUUUAAGAACUUGGAACAAUCUAUAUAAGGACAUGCAUGACAAUAAACAGACGGUGACGGCUAUCGAUAAAGGCGUGUAUCUCGUACACCGGGAGGAAGCGAAAACAUCAAUACAAACUACGCCCACACUCAGCCUCGACAAAUUUACAAAAGAAGAUGAAAUCGUUAAGAAGAAGUCAUGGUAUAUUACAUGCGUCCCAACGGUUGCACAUUAUGUUACAUUAGUUUUAUUAGGGCUGUUGACAUGGGGCAUCUUGUGGUGUGCAUGGGGCAACAACUGGGCAUUCGAAGGAAAAUGGUUCCACCUAACAAUAGUGGCUGUGAUCGCCUGGGCAAGCGGGCUCAUUCUCCAAGAACUGACGACGCUGCCACCGCUUCUCGCCGCUUUACUCACGGGCAUGCUCGCCCGCCACCUUGGCUUCAUCGAUAUGCGCCAUUAUCCGGAUAUUGAUGCAUUUUUAAGGAAAAUAUACCCAGUAAUAAUUCUGGGAAAAGGAUCUUUGUCUUGGGACGUCAACUACAUGAGGGAAAACUGGCGUCAGGUGCUUGCUUUAGGAGUGCUACCAUGGACCACUGAAGUAGUGCUUGUUGCAGUGUGUACACAUUUCCUUCUAGGAUUCCCUUGGCUUUGGGGUUUUCUCUUGGGUUCCGUUUACGCAUCCGUGUCAUGUCCGGUGGUGAUGCCGUCGGUAGUAAAGCAUGGCAAGAAGGCCAGCGGGACGGUGAACUGGACACAGCUAAUAUGCACGGCCGGCGGUAUAGACACCGGCCUCAGCGUCGGCGUUUUUGGCGUUAUAUUCACAUUCAUGUUUUAUGAAACCCAUCACAGCUAUCGUUAUAUCAAAGCGGCAUUGGGUAUAUUCGUUGGAGUAGCACUUGGCAUCGCGUGGGGCACCUUGGCAAAAUUCGUGCCGAAUUCAAAGGACUAUUUCGUGACAGAACUGAGAGUUUUAUUCGUUCUCGCCGGAGGACUUUUCGCUAACUUUUUCACCUCCUCCAUUGGAUGGGGCGGCACGGGUGCCGUGGCGGUGCUCGCGUGCAACGCCACGGCGGCGACGCACUGGGCCAAGAAAGGGUGGAAAUUGAACCAGAACCCCGCCGCAACUGUGUAUAGAGUUGUGUGGUCAACCUGCGAGCCAGUGCUGUUUGCCUAUACGGGUACUUUCUUUGUGGUACAUAGUUCGAUAUCAAAGACAAUGCUAAUUGGGCUUGGCAUCCUUUUACUUUGUCUAACUGUACGCCUCAUAAUAGCUGCGCUAACUUGUUGGAGACUCACUUUGAAAGAGAAGAUCUUUGUCUGUUGUACUUGGAUACCUAAAUCGGUUGUAGAGGCCGUUUUAUGUCCUCUGGCAAUUGAUACCAUUUUGAUGACGGGUACGAGAAGAGAAGAAUUAAUUUAUGCUGAGGAGCUUAUGAGGUUAAUAGUGCAAGCCAUACUCGUCACCACGCCUCUUGGUUUCCUACUUACCAACUACUUAGGACCUAUUUUGUUGAGUAAAUCUCAAGAAGACAGUGAAAGCAAAACCGAAUCAACAAAGAGGAAAUCAAAUGGAUCUCUUAGCGAAGACAGCAGGUUAUGAGUUCAGAGAAUACUGAAUUGACAAAUAAACGUCACUGUAACUUUAAGUAUUAGCUAUAAUAUUUUGUCAUGGACUAAGAGCCAGAGAGGGCCAAAACUUUGUUAUUUUAUAAAACCUGAAGUUUCUUUGCGCAUUGUCUCCAACACAGGGAGGAACGAUCAGAGAUUAUGGAAUUUGGAUCAUGGUGGCUUUGGCAGAUAACUGGUAACAAAGACGUAUAAAAUAUUUCGUCAAAAUAUACAGACAUAUUAAAGUUUAGGUAAGGGUGUCUGGCAGGGGGUUACCGCGAUACUAAGUGUCUACCAAUACAUGACGUGAUUUUUAUACUGAUACUGUUCCGAAGAAAAUAUUAAAAAAAA